GACAUUCCUCCUUUUUCCUUCGUUCGUUCCUUGAAAGCUAUUUAUGAAACUGAAAACUGUCCGGUGCUGAACGGUGCUGAACUUAAGCGGUGCGGAAGAAAAUGGAGCCGAAAAACGAUCCGGAGAGGCGCCAGCAUGUGCCGUACAUCCUUAAUGGGGAACUAUACCGCAUCGAGAACCAGGUGGGCGAUAAUGUUACGGUCAAGUGCUGCUACUGUCCGCCGGAUCGGAUUUAUCGCGGCAGCGUGCGCUCAACUGGUAAUUUUCACAUGCAUAUUAAGAGGCGUCAUAGUUCGUUGUUGGGCAAGCUUCACGAAAUGAAAGUGGCUGCUCUGGAGGAGCGCCGUGAUCGCAUCAUGAAGAACCGGCGCUUUGGAAAGCCGCGCAAGAAGACCCCAACACCAACCCCAGUGACCCCUACGCCAUCUACAAGUACAGCUGCGCAGAGCAGUUCUGGCGUUUUUCUGGAAAUUCCGACUCCGGCUGGAAAUGAAAGCCACGAGUUGAAGAUCAAAACGGUGUUCCAGCGCCACAAGCAAGAGCAAGAGGGAGCCACUCGCAGGUCCGGAGAUUCAACUUCAGAUAACGCCGUCCCAGCUAAUCCACCUAGUAUCUCCAACAGCCUUGGUGUUCUGGUUCAGGAUCUCCCUAAUAUCUCGGUUGAGGGACAGCCUUCCGGUUUGACCCCUUCUACUGCUGCUAGUGUGUCCUAUUUGGGUCGUCCAGUCAAGCCGGAGCAACAGGGCGGUUCUCCAUUCCUGUCUGAUCAGCCGGCAGCCAUCGACUUGAGCAGGGCUCCAUCGUUGCAGGGCGAAAGCAAAUCCGGUGGCUCGCUGACCUCGUCGAUGGAGGACGUCUCCAUGGAGUACUCGCGGUCUCAAUCUCUCUCACAAUCGAUGUCAUUGACCCACUUCCUGGACCACCCCCAGCGCGAUGUCCUGCAACGCUUGGAGCGCACGAUGGCCCAAAUAAGCCAGGAAUUGCACUGCCGCAACCGAAUCGAGCACAACCGCAUGCUGUUGGAGGCGGCCAAGUUCAAGUUUCUGAAUCCCAAUUUUCAAUUUGAGCCCACUCUGUAAGAGGGUUGUCUUUCAAACCGUUAAAGUGCCUUAAAGACAUUCUUUUGUAAACAUUAAGAUUCGGGAUCAAUCUCAUUCUAUAAACGGCACAUUUAAAAGCUAUGAUAAUGAAAUCAAUAUAUUUGUAAAAUUUAGGAAUAACUGUAUAUAU